CUUGGAGGGAGAGAAUCGGUCGAUACUAGUCAUAAUUCUGAUGAUAACGGCAACGAUAGAUGAGCGUAACAUCAUCCUACCUGGAUUGACCAGUAAUUUAGAUCGCCACCUCUCAGCUCCAUGGCUCCCUGCAUGCGGAUACACGCUAGAAACUGCUUAUGGAGUACGGUGGAACAAAGGAACCGCUAGUGAGCACUGCUAAUCCUGUGGGCUAAAUUAGUCGCUCGUCUCUUGUGUCUGUCUCUCACUCUUUCUCUAUUUUUCUUUUUCUCUUUGCCAUAUUUUGUCUCUUUCUUUUCUCUCUUUCUUUUCUCUCCGUUAUCCGUGGUGCCACACUAGUAUGUUACUACUCUACUACUACUACUACCAGGGUUGUAAUAGUAUGUAGGUACCUCGUGAAGCGUAUCGCCGAUGCUCGGGGAGACUUGUCGAUCCGAUUCGGGUCCUAAAGAACGCAACCUAUGGGGGGCCGGCGGCAUUUCCGUAGUACCCGCGCCCUGAGCCGUUUUU